AUGGCAGAAACUACGUUUUCAUUGGCUUCGCGCACAAAGCUCGCCAAUGGGCUCUCCAUGCCCACAAUCCACCUUGGUGUCUACCUGACUUCGGGAAAGGAAACCUACCAAGCGGUUCGAUGGGCGCUAGCGUCUGGAUAUCGUGGAGUGGACAGCGCGCAGAUGUACCACAAUGAAAAGGAGAGCGGCAAGGCAGUUCUAGACUUCUUGUCCAGCGACGACAACGUCGAUUACCUCGAGCGAGAGGACAUCCACUUCACUUCCAAAUUAGCGUCCAACUCAUCAUAUGGCACAGCUCGCAAAGCGAUCAAAAAGUCAGUCAAAGAAUGCGGACUUGGUUACAUCGAUUUAUUCCUCCUGCAUUCGCCCUAUGGUGGCAAGAAAGCACGACUUGAGAGCUGGAAAGCUGUGGAGGACGCUAUUGACGACGGCGAGGUGAGGAUCGGAGGUGUAUCUAAUUACGGCGUCAAGCAUCUGCAAGAGCUUCUCGAUUCGAAACCCAGGAUUGCACCAGCCGUCAAUCAGAUCGAGGUGCAUCCAUUCAAUACACGGACGGACAUUGCGUCCUUCUGCCAGCAGAACAACAUUAUGGUCGAGGCUUAUGCACCGCUUGUUCGGGCCCUGAAGAUGAAGCAUCCCAAGAUAGUAUCUCUCUCAAAGAAGUACUCAUGCACCCCUGGUAUAUUUGCCAAUGGCCAACUGCUAGUCCGCUGGAGUCUGCAGCAUGGCUACGUGCCGUUGCCCAAGAGCGUUAAGAAGGAGCGCAUCGUCGAGAAUUCGCAGAUCGGAGGAUUCGAGAUUGAGGACGGCGACAUGAAGAUGAUGGACGGUCUGGACGAGUAUCUGGUUACCGAUUGGGACCCCACAGACUGCCCGUAA